AUCUGCACAGAUCUCCGAAGAAACAAAAUGAGUAGCCAAAAAGUAAUCGAUGCCAUGUCUGACGAAUUUGUUAGAAGAAUAGAAAUGGUGAGUAGAUUAGUUAGGACAAAAACAGAUUACAAUUUUUAUAGUAAAGAGAUUAAAAAAUGUAUUAGAAUGCUUGAUAAUUGUAUCAAACAUAGGUAUGAUUGUGUUAAAAAUUUUUCAAAAAUAGAGUCUAAUUUGUCACUUCUUAAGAGUUACCUUGCAAUUUUCAGAUGUCAAAUAAAUCGUAAAAACAAAAAUAGAGAACUUGUUUGGGAAAAUGUGGAAUCAUGCUUUAACAAUAGAAUUAAGUCAGGCGUUAUAGUUAAUUUGAAAAUAAAAGAUCCAAAAUUAUUUUUCAAGAGAGCGUUCAAAAGUUUUGCGAUACAAAUAAGAAAACAGCUUGAUACUUGUAUGUUAAAAUGUAACGUUGUUUUUUAUAGUGUGUUCAUUAAACCUCAGACUGCUGAAAGAUCGAUCAAACAUUUUGCUACAAAAAAUAAUAUAAUCGAUAAAAAUACCAAUUUAAAAGAGUGGUAUAAAGUUUAUGUCACUGAUCAAGUUUUAACAAAAUUAGAAGAAUUCCAAGAACGUGAUUCUGGAUGGGCUUUGUUGGAAAUUUUACAUUUGAAAGUGAAUAUUAAUAGAUUUUGUCCCAUAAAUGUUGGUGUUUCAACUUAUGUUCCUACACCAACAUUUAUAAAAAGAAAAAAAGUGUCAUCAAUAUUCAAAAUAAUGAUAAUUACUGCUUUCUGUGGUCAGUUGUAAGCGCGUUGUAUCCUGCAGAAAAAAAUGUAGCACGACAAUCAUCAUAUCCUCAUUUCAGUAGAGUAUUGAAAUACGACAAUAUUAGAUUUCCUAUACAUUUGAAAGAUAUACCCAAAUUUGAGAUUAUGAACAAACUAGCGAUAAAUGUCUUCACACUCGUAGGCAAUCGAAUGAAUGAAGUUGUGCCAUUGAUACUUAGUAAAACUAAUUUCACGCCAAAAAUCAAUUUACUUAUGUUUUCCAAUAAUGAUGUUUGCAAUUGGAAUGCUGACACUAUUUAUCAUUUUGCGUAUAUAAAAAAUUUGUCACGCCUAAUAUGUAGACAAAUAGGUUGGAAAGAUCACAAAAAAUGGAUUUGUGAAAGGUGUCUAAAUUAUUUUUCAAGUGAAGCUUAUUUGAGUAAGCAUUCUGAAGAUUGUAAACAGCUUAACAGCACUAAGAUCGUUAUGCCUAAUGCAACUAAUAAUAUUAUGAAAUUUAAAAACUUUCACAAUAAAUUAUGUGUUCCUUUUACCAUUUAUGCAGAUAUUGAAAGUAUACUAAUGGAUUAUAAUGAUAAUGCUGAUGAUAAUAGUGCAAGCAAGACACAAAAGUGUCAAAAGCACGUGGCUUUCAGCGUAGCUUAUUAUCUUAAGUCGAAUUAUGGAAAUAAAUAUUCUUCCAAGUUUAGAUUGCAUACGGGUGCUGAUUGUCAAAGUUGGUUUGUUAAUGAAUUGCUCAACAUUGCCAAUGAACUUCAUAAAGUUUAUCAGGAAGCAGAACCAUUAAAACUGACCAGUGUUGAGCAGAAACUUUUCCGAUUGGCUUCCAGUUGUAGUAUUUGUGAGAAACCUUUUGAUGAACACGAAGUGAAAGCUAGAGAUCAUUGUCACUUCACAGGUAAAUAUAGAGGAGCAGUACAUAUGUCUUGCAACUUGAACUAUUCAAAUUCACUUAUUGUACCUGUGUUGUUCCACAAUUUUUCUGGAUACGAUGCACAUUUCAUAAUCAAAGCUCUCAGCACUGAUAUCAAGGGCAAUCUCACUUUAUUACCUUUAAAUAAAGAGCGUUAUAUUUCGUUUACAAAAUCCAUUGCCGGUACUAAAAUCAGUUUUCGAUUUCUUGAUUCCUUCCGGUUCCUACCUAGUAGUCUGGAUAAAUUAUCAUCAUAUCUAGAUCAUCAUCAAAAGAAAAUAGUAAGGGAACAUUUUCCUGAAGAUGCUAAGUUUAAGUUGGUAACAAAGAAGGGGGUUUUUCCUUAUGAAUAUCUAAAUUCAUGGGAGAAAUUAAAAGAUACAAAGUUGCCAGAAAAAGACGAUUUUUUUAGCACAGUCAAAAACGAAGCUAUUUCGACUGAUGACUAUCAGCAUGCACUAAAUGUUUGGCAGGCAUUUAACAUUAAAGAUCUUCAGGAAUACGCUGAAUUAUACUUAAAAACUGAUGUUUUGCUGCUUUGUGAUGUUUUCGAAAAUUUCCGUCAAAUGUGUAUGCAGACAUACAAUUUAGAUGCAUUGCACUAUUAUACUACGCCAGGUCUAGCCUUUGAUGCUAUGCUUAAAGUCACUAAUGUUGAAAUAGAGCUGUUGACUGACAGUGAUAUGGCUUUAUUCAUAGAAAAAGGUAUCAGAGGAGGUAUAUCUCAAUGUUCUAACAGGUACGGUAAGGCUAACAAUAAAUAUAUGAAUAGUGAAUAUAAUCCUGAUUUACCAACUUCGUUUUUGAUGUACUACGAUAUAAAUAACUUAUAUGGAGCUGCAAUGUCACAUUCUCUACCAUAUGGGGAUUUUCAAUGGAUUCCAAUUGAAAACAUCUCUAUUGAAAAUAUUUUGAGCGAUGAGAAAAAUGAAUAUGGGUACAUCCUAGAAGUUGAUCUACAUUAUCCUCUUCAUUUACGCGAUCUACACAAAGAUCUGCCAAUAUGUCCUGAGCAUUUAGUACCACCUACUUCGUAUUCUGAUAAACCAAAAUUGUUAACAACUUUGUACGAUAAACAAAAGUAUGUCGUCCAUUAUACAUUACUAAAACAAGCUACGCAACAGGGUAUUGUCAUCAGAAAAGUUCAUCGUUGUUUGAGAUUCAAACAGUCAGCUUGGUUAAAAAAAUACAUUGAUCUCAAUACAGAGCUGAGAAAGCAAAGUAAGAAUGAUUUCGAGAAAAAUUUUUUCAAAUUAAUGAAUAAUUCCCCUUAUGGCAAAACGAUUGAAAAUGUUAGGAAAUAUAAAGACAUCAAGUUGGUAACUAAGUGGUCAGGAAGAUAUGGUGCAAGAUACUACAUUGCACAACCUAACUUUCAUAGCUGCACUAUAUUUAGUAAAGAUAUGGUCAUAAUUGAAAUGAACAGACUGAAAGCUACAUUAAACAAACCAAUUUUUAUAGGUAUGUCAAUAUUGGACAUAUCUAAAACUUAUAUAUAUGAUUUUCAUUACAAUUACAUAAAACACAAAUUCAAAGAUGAUUCAAAAUUGCUAUAUACUGAUACAGAUAGCUUAAUAUAUCAGUUUACAAAUAUUGUGACAUUUACGAACACAUCAAAAAAGACAUUGAUAGGUUUGAUACAUCCGAUUAUCCAGAAAAUAACGCUUUUAGAAUUCCAUUGAAAAAUAAAAAAGUCUUAGGUUUAAUGAAGGAUGAAAAUCAAGGUCGAAUAAUGACACAUUUUAUUGGGUUGCGUUCAAAAAUGUAUGCUUUGAGACUUCUACCUGAGCCAGGUGAAGAAAAAGACUCGCAUGUUAUUAAAAAAGCUAAAGGAAUUCAGAAGUCAGCUCUGAAGGAAAUAACGUUUGAUGAUUACCAUAAAUGUUUAUUCCAAAAUACUCAAGUAGCUUUAACCCAACAGUCCAUAAUUUCGAAAUUGCAUGAUGUAUUCACAAUUUCCCAACAAAAAAUUGCAUUGAGUCCAUAUGACGAUAAAAGAAUUGUCAACUAUAUUUAUACAGACACGAAACCAUGGGGAUAUCAUGAUUACUUUUAAUUUCACUACAUUUCAUUAUCUCUUUGUCUGUUUUUGUCCAUAGAAUUAAUCUACAACCACGUUAACUUUAGCCACACACAAUAAAAUAGAAUCGGUGGCAAAGCAUUCAAUAGGACAAACGGCAUCAGAUCAGCAACAACAACAACAACUACUACAUCAAUACAAACAAGUGGAGCUGUAUUGCGACGAGGAACUGUAUUGCGACGAGGAAAUGCCCAAGUCCUAAACCAACACAACAACAAAGGACGACUAGAAAGGAUGUCUGAUGAGCGGUGGCGGCAAGAGAGCGGAUGGAUUCGUGGCAAAUCUUUUUAUUCGAGAAAAGGACCCCAAAGAAAGAGAAGUUGGACAUACGCUAUAGCACACGUCAUCGAGGUGACCAGAUGUGGUGUAUGUGGAAAAAUUAUACAUGAACGACCAGCGACCGCCGUAAAUGGCUGGGAACCACAGAAUGUAUUUGUCAGAUUUUGUCCUGUAUGCUUUCAAGCGAGACCCGGCAUCCAAGAAAAAAGAACAGAUUGGGUAAAAUAUUAAAACAAUAAAUACGUCUUCAAAAAUAUCCUUUCUUUAUUUCUCCCCUUCCC